AUGAGUGCGGCAUUCCUUAAGAAAUUCUUCCCCAUAGGAAAAACACUCAGACUUCGGCAAGAGAUUACCACUUUUCAACAAGCUGAGAAUGAACAGUUCUAUGAGGCUUGGGAGAGAUAUGGUGAUCUCAUUCGUAAGUGUCCGCACCAUGACAUACCUAAGUGGCAAUUAGUACAGAGUUUUUAUUCCGAGCUGCAUCCGCAGCAUCGUGUGAUGGUUGAUGCCUCAUGUGGAGGCUCUGUGAUGGUUAAGAAUGAAGAGGAUGCCUGGCAGUUAUUUGAAACUAUGAGCGAAGGGUCCCUGCAAAAUGUUUCUUUUGAGAGGAGAACUAAGUCAGUCAUUACUGGUUCUGAUAAGCCACGAGGUAUGUAUGAGAUUAAACCAUCUCAUGACCUCCAAUCUAAAGUAGAUGCACUGACUGAGAAAGUUGAACAGCUUCUCACCAAGGAAUUGGCCACCUCACAGCCUCCACCUUAUCAGGAGCACCACAAUUCCCUUUGUUUGUGCAAGAACAGGUUAAUGCUGCACAAGGGUAUGCCAAUGCGCAAGGUUUCUCCAAACCGGAAUCAGCAGCAAGCACAUCCCCAAUCCUCGCGGGAUCCAUCCUUUGAGGAAAAGGUGCUACAAGCGCUUGGUAGACUAAAUGACACCCAACAGCAGGUGCGCACCAACACACAGUCCAUCGCAAGGUUAGAGACCCAAGUGGGUCAAAUAGCCAAUGCACUCAAUCGUAGAGAAGAAGGUAGGUUGCCCAGUCAGCUUGUCCAACCCCAUGGAAGACAGUUUUUGGUUCAUGACUCGCCUCCUGCUGAUGCUAAGGUAAUUAUGACUUUGCGCAAUAAGAGAGAGGUCGAAACCCGACCAGAGAAAGUGAAGCCGAAAGAGCAUUUGGCUCCCUCCGACCCCGAUGACUUUGGGAAGGAGAGUUCACAGAGUAAAGAUGGAACCCCUCUAGUCACACCUGCAUCACCCACUUCCGUGUCAGCGGCCCCAAGGUGCCACCCUAUGUGCCUAAAGCCCCAUUCCCAUCAUGUUUGA